CCGUUUCUUAAACCCGUCGAGCGCGGACGGUCGAGGGUUCAAAUUACUUAACGUAUAAAUUUAUUGAAUUAUAUAUUUAUGUGAAAUAUUUUUUUUAUAAAUUAUAAAAAAAAUACAAUGAUAAAUAUUGCAAACAGUUAACAUACGAACGUUAUUGAAAUUUAAUAUGGAUAAUAGUGAUAACAGCUCGUCGGAGAGGAGCCUGGAGAGGUUGACAGAAAUAAAAGCAUUCAUUGAGGCUAGUAAGAAAACUAAUGAAAAAGCCGAAGAGCUUCAGGUCGAUGCUGAUAAAAGCCUGUCAAAGCUUAACGAAGUCGUCUUUGACGAUGCUUUCGAAUUAACCGGUCACGGCAAGUUUAAUCACAUAGUGCUGAUGACCUGCGGUCUUAUUAUGCUGAACGUGUCCAUGGAGUCCGUCGGCAUGAGCUACGUGAUCACGGCAGCUGAGUGCGAGCUUGGUUUAACGUCCGAGCACAAGGGCCUGAUCAAUGCGGCAGCUUUCAUUGGUAUAAUAAGCACGUCGUUCCUGUGGGGCUACCUCGGGGAUCGUUGUGGAAGGCGCGCUGUUAUGUUGCCAGCUAUGGUUGCUUCAGCUGUCUUCUCGAUAGCUUCCUCGUUUUCCACCAACGUCUGGAUGCUGCUAGUUUUGAGAUUCUUCACUGGAUGCCUAGUGUCAGCCUCCAGCGCGACCGUGUAUGCGUAUCUCGGUGAGAUGCACACGGGUUCCCGGCGUGCGGCCGCGAUCGCUUGGGGUUCAGCCUUCAUAUCUUUCUCCUUUAUGAUAUUGCCAGGGUUGGCUUGGUUGAUCAUCCCUGGGAAAUGGUCGUUUUCUCUACUCGGCUUCACGAUGGUUCCGUGGCGGGUGUUCAUAUGGUCAUGGUGUGCGCCGGGGCUGGCCGCAGCCCUGGCGUUACUCUGGCUCCCAGAGAGUCCACGAUACAUCCUUGCAUCCAGCGGACCAGAGAAAGCGUUACCCAUCCUUGCUAAGAUGUUCGCGUACAACAAAAAUUCUAAAAUUUCAAAUUAUCCGGUGGAGAGAAUAGUAACGGGCAGCAUAGAAUCCUCGAAGUCGAGCGGGUUCGUGGGCGCUUUGAAGAACAUCACCUUGCUAUUCCGACCUCCCCUUCUGAGAUGUGUCCUGAUCUCACACACCCUUAUGUUCGCUGUUUUUAUGCUGUCCAGCGGUCUUUACGUCUGGGUUCCCGACAUAUUGAACAGCAUGCUCCGUAGCACGAGCAGUGAGAGCAUCACCAUCUGUCAAGUCAUAAAGGACAAGUUUGAAGCUGCCAAAAACGUCACACUUCUAUCACAAGUGGGUUGUAAAUCAGAAGUGGCGGUCCGCGUUUUUCCUAUAUCCAUGGGUAUGGGCGCUGUGUUCGCGGUCACUUACCUAGCCAUUGGCGUGUUCAUUGGCAAGGUUGGCAAGAAAACGUUGUACUCGUGUAUAAUGGUGGUGUGUGGUGUUGCAACUGUGGGUGCAGCGUUCGUACCACAGGGCGGUGCUGCCACGGCGUUGCUGAUCCUGGCUCUGUGUUCUGGAUGUGCUGCUUCAAUACUCGCUGCUAUAGCUGUAGAUGUGUUCCCGACGUGCUUACGGGCUAUGGCGAUGUGUGUGAUGUACAUGGUCGGUCGUACUGGCGCUGCCGUGGGCUCCAAUCUUCUGGGAGCAACCCUCAACCUGCAUUGCGAACAGGCCUUCUGUAUCUUUGGAGCCUUCACUGCUGGAUCGACUCUACUUAUUAUAUUCUGGCCAAAACCUGAAAAGGUUAGAGAGGAAUUGGAGCAGCGAGGGCUGAUCUACUGACCUGGUAGAUGGCAGACGCCGGAACAAUCUCAAAAUAAUUUAAACAUUAACGAAUAAUUCCGCAUGAGACUGAUUAAUGUUACAAGCGUGGAACAAAUUUAUUUUGUUAAAACACUCUUAUAUUAUGAAAUAUAUUAAUAAGUUUA